CAGGCCCGGGCGCGUUCUGUCCAUGUCCGCGACUAGGGUCUGCUUUACGGGCACGUGCCCCCGAGCAUCUCCCGGAGGCACCAGGCGUUUGAAUCGGCGCAAUCGGCAGAGCAAGCGAGGAAGUUUCGCUCGUGCUUCAACAUCGACAACUGACAUCGCCGAAUGGUUGGUCGCCAACGGAGGCGAGUGCUCUGCGGUUCGCGCGGGCGUCGGUUCCCGCGGCCGAGGUCUGUUCGCCGCGCGGAACUUACGAGCGGGCGAGUCAAUUGUCAGGAUCCCCUUGAAAGCAUGCAUCACCGAUAUCGCCUCACCAAAUCCCUAUCCGGGUUGCCCGUACAGCGUCACGCUCGCCGCGGCGAUCCUGACCGAGAGGGACGCCGGCUCAUCGUCGCGAUGGGCGCAGUACGUCGCCAGCCUUCCCAAAGAGGUGGUCGGUUACGCCAACUGUGACGAAGCGCUCGUCGGCGAUGAGGAUGUCAUCCGUGCUGCCGUCGGCGGCGACGACGCCUUGGUUGACGAGCUUCAGACGUACGCCUCGCUCGUCAUCGGUUCUCACGCGGCAAUCGUUCAGCGGGGCUGGAACUCCAGGGAUUGGACAUGGGCGAUGUCUCAGGUGCACAGCAGGACUUUUCGGGUCGAUCUGGAAGUUCCCGCGGCGCAUGGAGCGAGAGUCGGUAACGACGGGAAUCGAGAACGCACAGUUCGGCUGCUCGCGCCGUUCGCCGACCUCCUCAACCACGACAGCGACCAAAACGAGGUGUGCUGCGAGUGGGGCGUGGAACAACGCGCGGUCGGGAACGAGCUCGGUUCAGACUUGUCGAACGGAGUCGAUUUCGUCGUCAAGGCGUCUAGGGAUAUUCAAGAGGGGAGCGAGGCGCUCGUGUCGUACGGCGAGCGGUCGGAUCCUCACUUCUUCAUGUACUACGGUUUCCUCCCGAAGAUAAACCCGUUUAACCGUGCGCCGUUGUUUCGCACGCUGCGGGAGGCUUCGCGAUGGUACGCGCGACUGUGCGGAGACCCGAAUGAAAACGAUGAGGCUCGCGUGCGAACGAGAGCUGACGUAGUCGCAGAGAUUGAUCCAAUUGAUGGGGACGUCGGAGGAGUGUGUGGGAUUGUGGACGGCGCGGCGGCGGCGACGGCGAGGGAGGCGGCUGCCCUCGAAGUGGGCGAGAAUGCCACAGUCGACGACAGACUCUUGAGGUUGUUUCAUGUUUUGAGCGGAGAGGAAGAAGUCGCCGUCGCGGCGGCACGCGUUCGCGCCGCUGAAGUUCUCAGCGCGAUGAACGAGGUCGACGCGAGUCGAGACGAACCAUCUUCAGAGGCUGACGCGCUCGCGGCAAGUUUUAGAGAACGCCGCCGAGCUUUGCUACGCGACGUCGUGUAAUAUGUUUGUGUCAUC